AUGUACCAAAGAGCAGUUGGUCUUGUACUGGCUCUGGCAAUUGUACUAAACCUUCCACAAACACCCACCGGCUACCAGUUGCACGACUUCCGAUUCAGCGACGUGCUCCAACCAGAUGUGGAGGGCAUGGCGGUGGACGACAGGGGUGCGAUGGAAGAAGACGUUGUGGACGUCGAUCCCCUCCGUCAGGAGUCAACGAAGCGAUUGAACUGGGGGUUCCCGGUGCGACCAAAGAAGUUUGGGAAAUUAAAGGACCGGGAGAAGUUUGUCGCUGCUUUGAAUACCUACUACAUGCUGUUUGGGCGACCUAGGCAAGUACCGUAG